GCUAAGGAAGUCUAAAAGAAUCAAAAUUUUUCACCAGUGUCUGUAGACGAGAGCGAGCGAGCGAGAGAGAGAUGGUUAAGUUCCCUGAAGAAAAUGAAGAUGGACCCAGCAAUCCAUCUCGCAAGAGACAAAGGGUUUCUUCAACUUCCGGUGGUUUUUCUGCUGCUACUCCAAACCAAGAGACCCAACAGCAUCUAGAGAAUGAAAAUCAAGAAGCAACCCAACAGCACCAAGAGAAUGAAAAUCGAGAGACAACCCAUCAGCAUCAAUCAAAUGAAAAUGAAGAGACCCAACAGCAUGAAUCAAAUGAAGAAAAUGAAGGGACCCAUCAGCAUCAAGCAAAUGAAAAUGAAGAAACCCAACAGCAUCAAGAAAAUGAAAAUCAAGAAUCUUCUGAAGAAGAGGACGAGUAUCUUAGUGAUGGUGGGGCGGAAGCUGAACAAGAGGAUGACGUACUCGAUAAAUUAAGCAGUUUUCUUGGCGAUGGUGCCAUGUCAAUGACCCUCAUGGACCUAGAUAUUCUUGAUUGCGCAAUCUGCUUAUAUCCCUUGACUAUCCCUGUCUUUCAGUGUGAGAAUGGGCACACAGCUUGCUCUUCCUGCUGCAGUAAACUUGCACAUAAAUGUCCUGCCUGCUCGUUUCCUAUCGGCAAUAAUCGCUGUCGGGCUAUCGAGAAGGUUCUUGAAUCAGUAAGGAUACCAUGCGAAAAUAUGCGGUAUGGGUGUGGAGGGACAUUUAUUUACAGCGAGAAGUACAAUCAUGAUAAGAGUUGCAUCUAUGCACCAUGCUCCUGCCCAAUACAAGGUUGCAACUUCAUCAGCUCUUCUAAGAAGUUAGACCCGCAUUUGCGUUGCAGGCAUGUAGGUGAUGUGAUACGCUUUUACUAUGGUGGGGCAUUCCCUCUUCCCUUAACUGUUGGUCAAAAUUCUGUGGUUCUCCAAGAAACUGACGAUGGUGCUAUAUUUAUUCUUCAUCAUCAUGAAGAAACCUUUGGGAAUAUUGUCACAAUUAGUUGCUUAGGGCCGCCCACAUCUGCAGGAGAACACUUCUACGAACUUUCAACAAAUGAAUACUUCUAUGAUCUUUCAAAAAAAUCUCAGGGAAAGAGUUUCAAAUUUCAGUCUUAUAUGCAGAGUAUUCAGAGCAGGGUUGAUCACCCUCUCUCGGCGGGGCUCGUUCUACCUCCAGGUCAGUUUUUUGGUACAUCUAAGAUGAUAUACCUUGAUCUCAUCAUAUGGCGUAAGGGUGACUGCCCUUUAAACAUCCAAAGCAGUACAAAUGCCAAUUAACGGUGUUACGUUUAUUGACGUUAUCAUCUGCUCCAAGCACCGGCUCAGUUUCUCACUUUUUAACAUUUUGGGUUGAUUUUAAUGUUAAUUAAUGAGACUUUAACGCUUAGAGAACUUUAGUCUUUGUUGAGAGACAGAUGAAAGUUGUAUGGCGAUGCCUAUUUUGUGGUGCCUCCUGAAAGCUUUUCUUUCUUUC